CCCGCCCACCCGGUGCUGCUAUUGGCAGUCGGGCGUGGGUAAGCGGCGGCUGUGGGGGAGGGGGGAACGAUGGGAGGGGGCGGGAGUUCCCGACUCUAGGCCGGAAGCGCGCGGAGACCAUGUAGGGAGACCCUCGGGAGGUCUGAGAGUCACUGGAGCUACCAGAAGCACCAUGGGGCCCUGGGGAGAGCCCGAACUCCUGGUGUGGCGCCCAGAGGCGAUAGCUUCAGAGCCUCCAGUGCUUGUGGGGCUGGAGGUGAAGUUGGGGGCCCUGGUGCUGCUGCUGGUGCUCACCCUUCUCUGCAGCCUGGUGCCCAUCUGUGUGCUGCGCAGGCCUGGAGCUAACCAUGAAGCCUCAGCUUCCCGCCAGAAAGCCCUGAGCUUAGUAAGCUGUUUUGCGGGGGGCGUCUUUUUGGCCACCUGUCUCCUGGACCUGCUGCCUGACUACCUGGCUGCUAUAGAUGAGGCCCUGGCAGCCUUGCACGUGACGCUCCAGUUCCCGCUGCAAGAGUUCAUCCUGGCCAUGGGCUUCUUCCUGGUCCUGGUGAUGGAGCAGAUCACAUUGGCUUACAAGGAGCAGUCAGGGCCGCCACCUCUGGAGGAAACCAGGGCUCUGCUGGGAACAGUGAACGGUGGGCCGCAGCAUUGGCAUGAUGGGCCAGGGGUUCCACAGGCGAGUGGAGCCCCAGCAACCCCCUCAGCCUUGCGUGCCUGUGUACUGGUCUUCUCCCUGGCCCUCCACUCUGUGUUUGAGGGGCUGGCAGUAGGGCUGCAGCGAGACCGGGCUCGGGCCAUGGAGCUGUGCCUGGCUUUGCUGCUCCACAAGGGGAUCCUGGCUGUCAGUCUGUCCCUCCGGCUGCUGCAGAGCCACCUUAGGGCACAGGUGGUGGCUGGCUGUGGGAUCCUCUUCUCAUGCAUGACACCUCUGGGCAUCGGGCUGGGUGCAGCUCUGGCAGAGUCGGCAGGACCUCUGCACCAGCUGGCCCAGUCUGUGCUAGAGGGCAUGGCGGCUGGCACCUUUCUCUAUAUCACCUUUCUAGAAAUCCUGCCCCAGGAGCUGGCCAGUUCUGAGCAAAGGAUCCUCAAGGUCAUUCUGCUCCUAGCAGGCUUUGCCCUGCUCACUGGCCUGCUCUUCAUCCAAAUCUAGGGGGCUUCAAGAGAGGGGCAGGGGAGAUUGAUGAUCACGCGCCCCUGUUCUCCCUUCCCUCCCCCAGUGUGUGGGGAGUAGGAAGGAAUGGGGAAGGGAAGUACUGAGGACCAAAAAGUUCUCUGGGAGCUAAAGAUAGAGCCUUUGGGGCUAUCUGACUAAUGAGAGGGAAGUGGGCAGACAAGAGGCUGGCCCCAGUCCCAAGGAACAAGAGAUGGUCAAGUCGGUAGAGACAUGAUCAGGGGACAUUAGGAUUGGGGAAGACACUUGACUGCUAGAAUCAGAGGUUGGACACUAUACAUAAGGACAGGCUGACAUGGGAGGCUGGAGAUGGGCACCAGCUGCUGUGGGACGGGGGUAUGGAGGGGUCAUAAACUUAGAGUCAGUGUCCUGUCGGUCCUAGCUCAUUUCAACACCCUGCCACUUGGAGUGGAACCCUCCUACUUUUCUUAGCUCCUACCCUCAUAUCUAUCUCCCUCUUCCCGUCUCCCAGGGGACUAGUGCCAAAUGGUCUCUCCCUGCCAAUUUUGGUAUUUUCUCUGACCUCUCCAGUCCUGCUUACUCCUCUAUUUUUAAAGUGCCAAACAUCCCCUCCCUCUUUCUCAAAGCACAGUAAUGUGGCACUGAGCCCUACCCAGCACCUCAGUGAAGGGGGCCUGCGUGUUCUUUAUUUUGGUCCCAGAUCCUGGGGUGGGGCAGAAAUACUUGCUAUGCUGGGGUAGGGGGAAGGUUGGAAAGCUGCAGCCACCUACUGCUGCUGCACCCUAGGAACAUGGGACAUGGACAUGGUGCCCCAUGCCCAGAUGAUAAACACUGAGCUGCCAAAACAUUUUUUUAAAUAUACUCGAGGAGCCCAAGGGGGAAGGGCAAUGCCUACCCCCAGGGUUAUUUUUUGGGAGGGAGGGCUGUGCAUAGGGUCAUAUUCUUUAGAAUCUAUUUUAUUAACUGACCUGUUUCCCAAAUAAAAGAUGUUUCUAGACAUCUG